AACCCAUGACGUCUUCACAUUCUACAGCAAAAAGGAUUUCCUUGUUGUGUUGGCGUUACGUUUGACAUUUGUGCCUAAAUUCUUCCAAGAUGAACAGAUUCUUUGGCAGAGGAAAGCCCAAAGAGCCACCGCCGAACCUGACGGACUGUAUUUCGAAUAUUGACAGCAGAGGUGAGUCCAUUGACAAGAAGAUUUCUCGGCUGGAUCAGGAGUUAGCAAAGUAUAAAGAUCAGAUGAAAAAAAUGAGAGAUGGGCCCUCAAAGAAUAUGGUGAAACAGAAGGCUAUGAGAGUUUUAAAGCAAAAACGAAUGUAUGAGAACCAGAGAGAUCAACUUAUGCAGCAGUCAUUUAACCUUGAACAGACAAAUUAUGGAAUACAAACUCUAAAAGAUACGAAAACCACAGUUGAUGCCAUGAAAGUUGGUGUAAAGGAAUUUAAAAAAGCUUACAAACAUGUCAAUAUUGAUCAGAUAGAGAACAUCCAGGAUGAUAUGGAGGAUCUGAUGGACCAGGCCAAUGAGGUCCAGGAGACAUUAGGGAGGAGUUAUGGAAUGCCGGAGAUGGACGAUGACGAACUAGAGGCGGAGCUUGAUGCGCUCGGUGAUGAGAUUGGCUUCGAGGAUUCUUCGUACUUAGAUGAUGCGAUAGGAGCACCUAGUGCACCAACUAGUGAACCAGGCGCAGAAUCCAUGAGGGAUGGUGUCAAGGUGGACGAGUUUGGCUUACCACAGAUUCCAGAGACGGCCAAAUGAAGACUUUUCUCCGUUCUGUUCAGUGUGUACAUAGUUUAUUAUAAAUGUGACUUGAUAUCAUCUUUUGUACGUCAUUUACUGCGAUCAUUGUGACACUGAUGUAAAUGGUAUUGCUCUGCAUUUGGUGUUCUUUUUUUUUAUUAUUUAUGUGUAUCUCAGUGUCUGUACCAAAGGUUAGUGUAUAUGAGUAUAUUUGACACAGUCUUGUAUACUCAGUGGAAUGGGCCACUCUUUGUCUUUUUUGUUUUGUUUUUUUAAAUUUUAGACAACAUGAAGUCCAACACUAGUAUUUCCUCAGAAACUAAGUUGUCAGAAGGCGUAAUUUUUUUCUACUGCUUUGGCAUCAAAUGUGUUUUUAAACUUUGUAUACAGGUAAGAAAGGGGAAAAAAGUAAAUUUUUAAAUUAAGCUUGAUAGGGAUCAUGUGAAAGGAAUUACUGAAAUUCAGUAUAAUAUAAAAAGUUGACUUACAGGUUAGUAUGACAUUGGGUACAUUAGUGACACACCCUAAUCAGCAUAUUACAAAAUUUGCCUACUUGAGCCAGAGCUUUGGAAUUCAGCAUGUAUUUCAGUACAUGUACAACUGUAUACCUGAUUGAUUCAUACUUUGCUGCUUUCUUUUUUCAUAUUGUUUCCCUUAAUGGCUCUCUAAGAUGAGUAACAUAAGUACACAGCUGCAUGUUAAUGAAGUUUUUUUUUCCCACCAGAUAUGUUGAGCAUCACUCCCUUUCCUCAUUCUUUGUUUUCUUUCUCCCCAGGACAUUUUUGACUCCUAACCUGCGACCUGAUAUAUGUAUACAUUCUGACAUGUAUUAUGUUAGCAAAGUUUUUACCAUGGUUUAUGUGACCUGGGCCCAGUUUCAUGAAGCCAUGUAUGGGGCUUCCGUGGCUUAGUUGGUUAGCGCGCUAGCGCAGCGUAAUGGCCCAGGAGUCUCUCACCAAUGAGGUCGCUGUGAGUUCAAGUCAAGUUCAUGCUGACUUCCUCUCCGGCUGUAUGUGGGAAGGUCAGCCAGCAACCUGCGGAUGGUCGUGGGUUUUCCCGGGCUCUGCCCAGUUUUCCACCCACCAUAAUGCUGGCUGCCGUCGUAUAAGUGAAAUAUUCUUGAGUACGGCGUAAAACACCAAUGAAAUAAAUAAAUAAAUAAACGAAGCUAUGUAUGACAAUUUUUUAUGGUAUUUACGGUACCGUUG